AUGGUUUCGUCUCUUUCGCUGGUGUUUAUCGCCGCUUUCGCUAUCGUCUUCGGUGUGUUCUCAUUCUUUGUCUACCUUUUCACACCACCUCGUAAUUUUCCCAAGAACAUACCAACGAUACCAUUCUAUUAUGGUCUUCUACCGCUUUUCAAGGAUGUUGACCAAGCUGAGCUAUACCGACAAUAUCUCAAGGAACCUCUGGCCAGAUAUGGUGCGGUCAAGUUAUUCUUUGGUGGACAAUGGAACAUACUAGUAACCAAACCCGCGUACAUUGCGGAGAUGUUCAAGCAUGAGGAAACCUAUGCCAAGUCUGGAAAUCAAGUCAAGAUUCCGCAUAGUGUGCUCGCCGAGUACACGGGCGAGAACAUCAUCAGCGCCCAUGGCGAGAAAUGGAGACUCUACCAACGAGUCAUCAAACCCGCUCUGCAAGCUGACCAGGACUCGGAACAAAUCUGGAAGAACUCCAGGAUGCUCAGGAACAUGUUUCUGGGCGAAUCAAAGACUGCUGGCGGCAACGGCAUCCCAAUAUACUCACUUCUUCACCGAUAUGCGCUCGCCAAUCUCUCAGAAGUGUUGUAUAGCUCAAGCUUUGAGACGUUGCAGCAUGUGGACGCACCACUACAUAUGAUUCAGAUGAAGAUCAAGCCGAUCAUCUUCCAGCCUAUCUUCAUGAACUUUCCAUUCCUCGACUAUUUACCAUUGGAAGUUCGGAAGCUCGGUCGUGUGCUCAGCAAGCAGUUCCGCGGCACUCUCCGCACUGCCAUAUCCAAAGGACAUUCCCAACACGUCUGUAAUGAGAACGACAGCAGGAACGUUGCUUGUAGGCUGCUUGGCUCGCAUCGCGAAGGUAUACUCAGCGAUAAGGAUCUCGACGACAACCUCGUCAGCACCUUCUUAGCCGGCCAUGAGAACCCUCAGCUCGCGCUCAUGUCCCUUAUGUACCUGCUUGGCACGCAUACAUCAGUCCAAGAAGCGGUUCGCAAAGAGAUCUCAACCCUCUUCCCUGCCGAUGCACACGUAGACUACGAGCCGUCCUAUACCGAUCUCCACGACCUGCCACUUCUCACCUCAGUCCUCUACGAAUCUUUACGCAUGUUUCCUCCGAUCUCACAGCUUAUCAAUCGCCGUACAACAACACCUGUCGUACUUGGCAACAAGAUACCUGUACCCUCCGGUGUCUACAUGGGUUACAACGCAUACUCCACGAAUCGCGAUACUGAGUUCUGGGGCGAUGAUGCCGAUGACUUCAAGCCGCAGCGCUGGGGUACCACGAACGAGGAGAUCAGCCACCUAUACCGUCGCGCCAACUCCAAAGGCUCUUUCAUCAGCUUCCAUGGUGGAAGAAGAGCCUGUUUGGGGCAGAAAUUUGCGAUGCAGCAGCUAAGAAUUACUCUGGCAGAAUUGGUGAGGGAGUGCAGAUGGAGGGUAGAUGAGACUUGGGACGGUAGGAUGACACCUGCUGGGCCGUUGUAUCCCCGAGGCUUGAAAUUGAAGUUUGAGAAGUUGUCAGAGAAGUGA